AUGAGUUCUUAUCGGGAUUUUGACUAUGGUUCUACAGACCAAAUUGUAAUGCCCGGUGCGUUCCCUGUUGACCCAAGAUCAACCCGCACAGUAACAAUCAACGUUAUAAACCAGUUCAAAUUUCAACGCAGGACUCUUCAGAGGGAGUUCUUGUAUGUUUUGUCAGUACUUACAGUUAUAGAAAUUUUAGCUUCAUUUUACCAUCAUUCCAGCAUUUUAAGGCUGAUAAUAAUUGCAUCUUUCCAACUUGUUGCAGAACUACCAGAUAUAAACACAGGAAGAUAUGAUUUCACUCAGGAUUCCGUCUUCAAAUAUUUCUGUCUGGUAUUUUGGCAUUCUUUUUACAUGGUAAGUGAUGGGAGAGGUCAUAUUUUCAAUAUUUAUGACGUUCCAUUGAGUGAUUUCAUUAGUAAGGUGUCUGUCCCUAAUCUUCCUCCCCAAGUUCACGACAGCUUAUCAGUUCUGAAGUCCUUUAUAAACAACCACAAUACCAAGUUGGCAUUAUACCACUCAGAUGCUUCCUACGUCUAUCAAACAGCCAAAAUAAGAACUAUAAACAUCUCUUUAAUCGGACAAUUGGCUGAUUGGAGCAGAUAUCAAUUUAUAUUCAAUGAAUUAUUUAUCCUAGUCCUCCAAUUAGUAAUGCUGACAUUAAAUACCAAAAGUUUUACACUAGCUAACGGCCAAGAUAAUAGUCAGAGAGUAGAUAUAGAAGGUUACGUCAUAGACGGUGAUGAAAGAACCGAUGUUUUUGAGGAUGGUUAUCAAUCUAAUGUGAAAGUUUAUGAAAUAACUGUGCUCAGUAACAUUUCGUUCAGUGAGCUAAGAAAUUGGAUUUUCCAUAGGAUAAAGUAUCUCAGAGAGUAA